UAUAUUUGCUCCGUGGGAUUAACGUAAUGGGAAAAAUUUGUUGCAACGCAUGUGGAGUUGUCUUUGUUUGUUAACUUUUAGAAAGUAUUCUCGGACCGUAUAAAUACAUCUCAUUUUUCUCUGUUUUGUCAGUAGUUGUUUUUGGUAUUAUUCGUGCAACGUGGAAGCUAACUUAGUGGUUUGGUGUUCGUACCAAAAAGCAGUAAGUACCUUUUUUUUUUGUUUUAUUUUAAUUCUUUAACAUUUGUUAUUAUUUUAUAAAGGUCUUAAAGAUCAUCUUAGUACUCUCAACCCGUAACCGCAAAUAGAAUAGCAGCAAUCUUAAGCAUGGACUUAAGUCAACUGAAUCAAACCUGUCUUGCAGAAGGUGAUUUUGAGCAGCCGAUUGUCAAACUGCAUGAAUUGCCGAUAGGCGUUCCGUUUAAAAUUACUAGAGCCAAAAUUGUUAAUACAAAAUUUGGCAAUUCCGUGUUGCUGCAAUUAGAAAAUUCCGUAGUAUUUCUUCCUACUCGCGUGACAGAAGCUUUCCGUCCGAGACUAGAACACUUUGCGUCGGGGCAGUACAAACUGGUCUACGAGGGAUCCAAAGAUAUUGGAAAGCCCAACUCUUUAAAGAAAUUCAAAAUAAUUCAAAAUUAAUCAACAUAUUAUACAGGGUAAGUCUUAUUUACUGUUAUAUAUUUAAUAAACCACGAUGCGCGUAAAGCAUAUCAUUCAUAGAGCACAAAUCUUAAUUUUAACCUUACAAAAAUUAAAAAAGCAUAUUUCCGACAAGUUCACUCUUAGAGAUAGUGAUGUGUGGCUUAGGAGACUAAAUAAAAAUAUUGAAUCUUGCAACCAAAUCGUUUCUAACGAAAAGGAUUUAUCUAUUGGGUUAAAAAGAAAAUUACAAACUACAAUUCAACAUCUGAAAGCUAUUAGAAAAAUUAUUCUUAAUUAUCAACAUAAGCAUUUUGGAUUGGGAUUACAAAGUAGUAGCCGCGAGACAAACACAAAUGAAAUGGUUGUAUGGGAAUCGGUAGCGUCGUGUUUCCAGGGAAGAGUUCAGACCGGUGUCAUAAUUAAUUUACUUCAUAAAGAUUUAAUUCAAUUUUUAAACGAUUGUCGUCCAAUUUUUCAACAAAAAAAAUUAGUCAAAUUUUAAAGAAAUUUUUAUUGCUGAAAGUAAAUACCACAUUUUGCGGUGAAUUUAUUAAGGCAAAAAAUGAUGUCCAAGGCGAAGUUGAUGUUAAAUAUCUGAGUACCGGAAAUGCUGUAGUUGAUUUAGGAACAGAAUUGAAUGAUUGGUUUGUUGAAAAUGUGCAAGAUAAACUUUUAAAUCAAAUGUCAGAGUUUCAGGAACGUGAUUCCGGGUGGGCUUUAAAUAAUAUUAUUUAUUUAGAGAUUAACAUUAAUAAAUUUGAAAUGGGUAACGGAUCAUCCUUCGUAGAGUUGCCUAAAGAAAUUGCGAAUAAAAGGGCUUGUAUUAACAUUAGAAAUGACGAUCAAGCGUGUUUUUAUUGGUCAGUUGUAUGCGGACUCUUUCCAGCACGUUUUCGUCAGUAUUUACCCUCUUCAUAUCCAUACUACAAAAGUGUUUUGAAAACUGAAAAUUUACAAACACCUAUGGAAAUGAAUAAAAUAAGCAAAUUUGAAAAAGACAAUGAUAUUUCCAUCAAUGUUUAUAUCUUAGAGUUUAAUAAAAAUGAAAAAACCAGUUUUUAUUCCGUGUUACCUGCACGAUUAACAAAAGAAAAACGCGAAAAACAUUCAAAUUUGUUUGUUAAUACAAAAUAAAUAUUAUCCAAAAGUUAAUGAUUUUGAUCCUGAUCCGCAAGAUAAUGGUCAUAGAAAUGACGAUCAAGCGUGUUUUUAUUGGUCAGUUGUAUGCGGACUCUUUCCAGCACGUUUUCGUCAGUAUUUACCCUCUUCAUAUCCAUACUACAAAAGUGUUUUGAAAACUGAAAAUUUACAAACACCUAUGGAAAUGAAUAAAAUAAGCAAAUUUGAAAAAGACAAUGAUAUUUCCAUCAAUGUUUAUAUCUUAGAGUUUAAUAAAAAUGAAAAAACUAGUUUUUAUUCCGUGUUACCUGCACGAUUAACAAAAGAAAAACGCGAAAAACAUUCAAAUUUGUUGUUAAUACAAAAUAAAUAUUAUCCAAAAGUUAAUGAUUUUGAUCCUGAUCCGCAAGAUAAUGGUCAUGAAGAAAUAAAAUAUCACUAUUGCUACAUUAAAAAUUUGUCUCGAUUAGUUUCCUCACAGCUCAGUAAAUAUAAUCACAAGAAAUACAUUUGCGAUAGGUGCAAUAACGAAACUCGUCUACAUGACCACGAAACAAUAUGUUCCAGUUUCAAUGAGUAUAAAGUGUCUUUUCCCAAAUAUGAUUAUGUUGAAUUUCGAAACCAUAUAUAUAAACAAAGGACUCCGUUUGUAAUUUACGCCGAUUUUGAGAGUCAAUUGAGAAAAGUAAAUUUGAAAAUUUCAGAUAACACCUCGAAAUACCAAAAGCACGAAGCUUACAGUGCUGCAUAUUACUUUAAAUGUUCUUAUGAUGAUUCAAUAUCAUUUUUCAAAAGUUAUCGUGGUCUAGAUUGUAUUGAUUGGUUCGUGGAGGAAAUAUCUAAUUUAUCAAAAUUUGUUCGUUCAAAAUUUAAGGAUAUUAUACCAAUGGAUAGUGAAAUUAGUCUAGAUCAAAGGUCGAGCCAUUGUCAUAUUUGUGAAAAACCUUUUUUAAAAGAUGUUAUUGUUCGUGACCAUGAUCAUUUUACUGGUAAAUUUAGAGGUUUUGCCCAUCAGGCUUGUAAUUUAAAUUUUAAAAAAAUAUUUGUAGUGCCCGUAGUAUUCCAGAACCUUUCUGGAUACGAUAGCCACUUCCUGCUUCUGGUUUUAGCAAAAAAAAAGCUGUGUAUCCAUAGUUCCAGUUAA